AUGUUUAUAUCGGGAAUCGGUAGUUCUAUAUUCCUCAUAGACCCAGUCUACGUCAGCGAAUUCAGCAAUGAAUCAAUAAGAGGAACUUUGACAUCAGGCGCUCUGGUCUUUCUCCGCCUGGGAAUGCUUACUUCAUACUUGAUAGGAGGUGCGCUCAGCUACAAGUCCAUGGUGUAUAUCUGUCUCACUCUAUCGGUAAUUGGAAUCAUGAUAUUAAUACCUUUGAAAGAAUCGCCGACGUUGCUGAUGAUGAAAGGGAUGGAAGAAGAAGCCAGGAAAUCUAUAGCAUUUUAUACGAACUCAAAAUCUGAUUCUAUUGUAGUAUUACAAGAGAUUAAGAAAAUCAAAAAGACAUUAGCUCCCAAAAAACUAGAAAAAUCCAAGUCUACACAGCGUGCUUUAUUUCUAUCUUUGACUUUGAUGACGACAGCCGUUUUCCAAGGUAUAGUAGUGGUCAUGGUAUACGCAAAUCCUCUCUUCAGCGAAGCAGUCCCAGAAAAUAUCCUAUCAGCGGCAUGGUGUAGUGUCAUACUUGCUGUAGUUUCCGUGACCUUUGGAAUGAUUGCAGCGUCCUUGACCGACCUGAUUGGCAGACGGUCACUGAUGAUCAUCUUCUCAGUAGCUGCUGGCUUGUGCUGUAUAUGCUUGGGUACACACAUACAUCUACACUGGGGUCCACCGUGGUUGACUGCUGUCUUUGUUUAUUUAUUUGUCGCAACUUACCAGUGUGGUGCCGGCACUGUACCUUAUAUUCUGAUCGCCGAAUUAUUUCUGCCUGAGGUGAAGAGCAUCAUGUCGAUGAUUGUACUGGAGUGGACAUGGCUUUGUAGUUUCAUCAUACUAUACAUAUUUACCCCUUUGGUCGCUGCCAUCGGUCUGGGUCCCGUCUUCUACAUAUUUGCCACUUACGAUUUAAGGAGAAAGGAAGAAAGCAUGCAGCGACUUACACCAGAGCAGCUCCAAGGCGCGAUUUAUUAUCAACGCACACAAAGCGUUCACGCCGGCGAGACCCAGAUGAUGGAUCUAAAUUGCUAG